AGUGCCGGCUUUGUUCCCUGCUCAGACUGGGCGGUUUGGGUUAGGGCCAAUAAGGGGAGAAAGAGGGAAGUUAGGGGUAGUGGGGGACAUGUUGAUGCCAGUGUUGUUUCUUGCUACCGCGGCUUCAUGCUCAUUUGCUAAACUGCUGCAAAUGUGUGUCCAGAAGGGUUAAGCGGAUGCCCAAAGAGGACUGUUGAUAGCUGAAGAGGGAAGGAUUCUGCUGCUGAGACAACAAAGAGAGAAAUGGACGGGAUACAACUGAAGAAAGAGGAUGACAAGAAAGAAAAGAAGGAAGAGGAGGUGGUGCACCUUCGGAGAGAGAUCGGCCUCCUGCCUGCGGUGUGCUUCAUCAUCGGAACAGUGGUGGGCAGUGGGAUCUUCAUCGCACCCAAGGGAGUCCUGAUAAACAGCGGCAGCGUGGGGCUCUCUCUGCUGGUGUGGGCGCUGUGUGGGGUCCUCUCCUUGUUUGGGGCCCUGUGCUAUGCUGAACUGGGCACCAGUUUUACUAAAUCAGGGGGUCACUACACUUAUCUGCUGGAGACACUGGGGCCGCUGCCAGCCUUUUUACGACUCUGGGUGGAGUUCAUAUUCAUCAGGCCAGCUGUGGCUUCGUAUGUGUCUCUGGCGUUUGGCACCUAUGUGGUGGAGCCGUUCUUUGCACCCUGUGCUGCUCCCGAAGUGCUCAUCAAACUUGUCAGCAUCCUAGGAUUGACUGUCGUCGUGGCAAUCAACUGCUGGAGUGUGACCCUGGCCUCUCGCACUCAGAUCACUUUGACUUUCAUCAAGAUGUUUGCUCUGGUCCUUAUCAUCGUCCCGGGUAUGAUCGCACUGGCCAAAGGUAAAACGGAGAAUUUCCAGAAUGGUUUUGAGGUUGACUCACUAACACUGGACAGGUUGCCACUGGCCUUCUAUAAUGGCCUAUAUGCUUACGGUGGAUGGUUUUAUCUGAACUUUGUCACAGAAGAGGUCAUAAACCCAAAUAGAAACAUCCCGCUGGCAAUAAUCUGCUCCAUGGUGACAGUGACAGUCUGUUAUGUGCUUGUUAAUGUGGCCUACUACACGAUGAUGACCCCCGCUGAGCUGCUGCUGUCUGACGCUGUGGCUGUGACGUUUGCGAACCGUGCUCUCCAUGGAAUGGCUUCCGUGAUUCCCUUUCUUGUGGCUCUAUCCUGCCUUGGAGCGCUUAACGGCGGCUUCUUCGGGGCACCCAGGAUGCUGUUUGUGGGAGCCAGAGAGGGCCACUGGCCUCCCAUCUUUUCCAUGAUUCACAUCCGCAGACGCACACCUUUGCCCGCUGUGCUGUUACUGUACCCCUUGGCGGUGCUGAUGUUGAUCACUGAAGAGAUCUACCAGCUCAUCAACUUUGCCUCUUUUGCUCGCUGGUUCUUCAUCGCCUUGGCAACCUUGGGGAUGCUCAUCCAUCGAUAUCGCUUCCCCCUCCACCCGAGACCUUUCAAGGUGCCGCUGAUCAUCGCAGUCACCUUCACCGUGGUCUGCUUCUUCAUCGUGGGUCUGUCUCUGUACUCGGACCCCUGGAACACAGGGUGGAGCUGCGCUCUCACGCUGACCGGGGUCCCAGUUUACUAUGUGACCGUCUACCGCUACCGCCUGCCCCAUAGAUGGAGUCGCAUCUUCAACUACCUCAGCAAGCAGCUGCAGAUUCUUCUAGAAGUGGCUCAACAGGAAGUGCAGACAUACUGAAGACCCCAAAGACCGCUUUCCACUGACGAGACUUCCUGAAUAAUCUGUCUGGUUUGAACCGACUGUAUGUUUUAAGUGUGCAUUUUGAUACUAAAAGAAUGUUACGAUGCCGUUUGGAGAAAACUAUGUUGUAACUACGUUGCUCAUGUUUCACACUUGUUUCUAAAACUCUGCUCAAGUCUUACUUUCAACAAAGGACCAAUAAAGUCAUUCCCGAAUCACUGA